AUGGCAUCUCUAGGAAUUGAGAACUUGGAAAAGCAAAGAAAGAAAAACGAGAGAGAAAGCUUAGGUGACCAUGGUCAUAGUCCACAUCCUGAAAAUGUUCAAGAUGAUGUCCUUGCAAAAAUAUUUUCCUUUCUGCCUAUCAAACAGGCAAUUCAAGCUUCAACAAUGUCACCAAGAUUCAAGCAAUCUUGGCUCUUUGUUCAAAAACUGUGUUUUGACAAAGAUUUUGCUCAACAUCGUAGUCGAAAGGAAUUUAUGAAGAUUGUCAACCGUGUUUUUGAUCUCCAUCUGCGGCUAAACAUUCAAACUUUUAGUUUGUUUUUUGAUCCAACAGGUGCUAAGACUGUUGAGAAUUGGAUCCAAACGUCAAUCGCCAAAGGGGUUGAAGAGCUCGACUUGAAUUUCACUCUGGCAAAUGUCCUUUACAAGAUCUCUUCGGGUUUUGAUGAUGUCAAGACGAUGAAAACCCUGAAGCUAUGCCGCUGUGAUCUUGAGCUUUGCCACCUUUUCAAGGUGCUGAAGACACUGUCAAAAAUUGGAUUCAAUCGUCAAUCGUUAAUCGACAAAGGAGUCGAAGAGCUCGACUUGAAUUCCUGUCUAGCAAGAAUCCCUGACAAGAUUUCUUCCCAUUUUGAGGCCAUCGGGACGCUUAAAAGAUUUUCUUUUAGGACUCGACCAUAUUGGGAAGACAAUCUAUGUCCAUUAGUUGAACAGCAUCCUCAGCUCUUAAAUUGCCUUCAAUUUAUCAAACUGGAAGGUUUCAAGUCCGGAGAUCAUGAAAUAGAAAUGGUGAAAUAUUUGUUGCAACGAGCCACAGGUUUGGAAUGUUUGGUUCUGGUUUCUCCCAACACUAAUAAAUAUAGGAGCAUCUCUGCUGGGAACGAACCAAUGUGUAGGAAGAUUUGUCAGGACUGCGACAUCUCUCCCAAAGUUGUACAUUUCUAUGGUCAUAACGUUGACAACAGCCCUGCUCCCCAGCAUUCCAGGACCUGGCAUGAUGACGAUCUGUAAUUUGGAUUCUCUUGCGAGUUAAGGUCAAAUAGUUUAGAAGCAGUGAUUUCUUUGGUGCGUUAGAUGUCUGUCUUCAGUUUGGGUAACACCCCAAUGUACACUUUUUCUA